CAAGGUUUCAAGAGAACCCCACUCUUUAAUACCGGAUUUUCUUUUUUCGCAUACAGCUUCCAACAAACCGAACGCAAUGGUGCUUCGACGUUGUAUUCGAGCUUUUUCCUCUGCUGCUGCUACUAGACCAUUCCGCCUCGCAGUCGUUGGCAGCGGGCCUGCCGGAUUCUAUACCACGCAUCGUUUGCUCAAAGAAGUCGACCAUGUCAAAAUUGAUGUAUACGACAGUCUUCCUGUCCCUCAUGGCCUUGUCCGAUUCGGUGUUGCUCCCGAUCAUCCCGAAGUCAAGAACGUAAUGACAACGUUUGACAGGGUUGCUGAAGACGAUCGCUUCCGAUUCCUCGGCAAUGUCAAUAUCGGCCCGUCGUCUGAAAGUGCUGAAAAGGGAACAGUUUCAGUGCAAGAGCUCAAGCAACACUAUGAUGCUAUUGUCUUUUCAUACGGCGCAAGCGAGGACAGACACUUGGGUGUUCCUAACGAAGAGGUAUACGGUGUCGAAUCUGCCCGCGCGUUUGUGGCGUGGUACAAUGGAUUGCCUCAAUUUGACAAUCUAAAGCUGCCACUGGACGAAACAGACACGGCUGUCGUCAUUGGCCAGGGUAAUGUUGCAUUAGAUGUUGCCCGUGUCCUUUUGAGUCCAAUUGAUACGCUGCGCAAGACAGAUAUUACCGAAUAUGCAUUGGAAACUUUGUCCAAGAGCAAGAUUCGACAUGUUCAUGUUGUGGGUCGACGAGGUCCUUUACAGGCUGCAUUCACAUCCAAGGAGUUGCGUGAACAAAUGAACUUGCCGAACGUUGCAUUCAAGGCCGACAAGGAGUGGAUCAAAUCUGAAAUUGAAGCUGCACAACCUCUAUUGAGUAAAAACCGACCCUUGAAGCGCAUGAUGGGGAUUUUGGAAAAGGGAUCGACUGUUUCAACGACAUCAGCAGACCGUUCGUGGAGCCUGGAGUUUUUGAGAAGCCCAGUCGAAAUUUUGACAGAUACGAACCGAACUCGGGUCCAAGGUAUUCGCUAUGAAUUGAAUCAAUUGACGGGUGGACCCUUGGGUGCAGCCAAGGCAAUCGGUACCGGCCAGUUUGAGGAUCGCGCAUGUGGAUUGGUUUUGAGAAGUAUCGGGUACAAGAGUUUGCCCCUGGAUGGUGUCCCCUUUGAUAGUCGUCAGGGCCUUGUGCCAAACCGUUAUGGCAAGAUCCUGGAUUCGGAAGGCCAAGAGGUACCGGGUAUGUAUACCGCUGGUUGGUUGAAACGUGGCCCGACAGGUGUGAUUGUGUCGACCAUGACAGAUGCAUACGAGACGGCAGAUACCAUUGUUGAGGAUAUCAAGGAAGCGCGACCUAUGCUUAAUGACGAUUUGGAUAAGGACGGUGCGGAUGGUUUAAAAGGGAUAUUUAAAUCGCGAGGCAUUCGACCUGUCAGUUAUGUCGACUGGAAACGGAUAGAAGCAGCUGAAUUUGCUGCAGGCGAAAAGCUUGGAAAGCCGAGAGAAAAGUUCACAAAGGUAGAGGACAUGCUGGCUGUGCUACAAUAACUCACUACCUCUAAAAAACGCUCUUGAUGAGCCUUUUCCGCAUUCACAUGUACAAAUUCAUAGGUAGACGUUAUAGAGUAUAUAUGUUACAUACAAAAGCAAAGAGCCAAAAU